AUGGUAGCCAUGAAACGGAGACUUCGUCAAAAGGUAUGGUGGCCACAGAUGGAUAAGCAAGUUGAAGCAUACGUGAAAAAGUGUAAAAAUUGCACUCUUGUUUCUACGCCGCACCCACCCGAACCGUUGUGUCGAACCGAACUACCGGAAAAAGCAUGGGCGGACCUUGCAAUCGAUUUCGUUGGGCCACUACCAACUGGACAUAACUUACUGGUGAUUGUCGACUACUUCAGCCGUUUCACGGAAGUGAUCAUCAUGAGGCAAAUUACUGCAAACAUGACUGUAAAGGCACUUCACGAAACGUUUUGCCGUUUCGGAAUGCCGGAAUCUAUUAAAACCGAUAAUGGUCCCCAAUUUAUUAGUAGCGAACUACAUAAUUUUUGCAAAGAAUUUAACAUUGAACACAGGAAAACAACUCCGUAUUGGCCUCAAGCCAAUGGGGAAGUUGAGCGAAUCAACCGAUGCAUCGGAAAAAGAUUGAAAAUCAGUCAUGAGACAACUGGAGCAGAUUGGCAAUGGGAUCUCAGAUCGUUCGUGCUCAUGCAUAACUCAACACCACAUUCUACGACAGGCGUCGCUCCAUCAAUUCUGAUGUUCGGUAGGAAACUUAAGGACAAACUACCAGGACUGUUGAUGAAAAAUUCUAGUAUUCUGGAAGAAAUUCAAGACCGCGAUCACGUACAGAAAAUGAAAGGGGCGGAAUAUGCCGAUAAGAGGCGCAUGGCAAAAUUGAACGAUAUAUCUCAAGGGGAUACGGUAGUAACGAAACGGAUUCAAAGGGAGAAUAAACUUUCAACUACGUUUGACCCGGAAGAAUACAUUGUUAUCACCCGUAGAGGUUCAGACGUAACUCUGAAAUCCACGGAAACCGGUAAGAUUAUUCAUCGAAAUGUGGCUCAACUAAAGAAACUUGCCACAGGAAACAAUAGCGACACUAAACACAAUACAGAGAGCCACACAACAUCCAUUCAAUCCAAUACGCAACAAUCGUUUCCAAACGAAGCUGAAACAAACCAAUCAGUCAUGGAAAAGGCUAACCGCAAUGAACAGGUAUCAUCUGACGUUUCCAGCACCAGUAAUGGAUCGAAGCUUUGCGCUAGGCGAGAAAGUAAACAUCCAUCAUAUUUAAAAGAUUAUAAAGUUAAUAGUUUAAUCAAUUAG